AUGGAUGACCUGGAGUCGCUGGAGCUGUUCUCACUCGUGUCGCGAGUGACGAACGAGCUCCAGAACCAUCUGGGCAUCAACGACAAAACCCUUGCCGAAUUCGUCAUCGCUCAGCACCUCAAUUGUAAUGGCGUAUUCCCAGAAUUCAAGAAGAAGCUCGACGACAUGGGUGCCGAGUUUCCCCAGAGUUUAAUGGAGAGUAUUGAUCGCCUAGUACUCACAAUGCACCCGAAGUACAAGGGAAAGAAAGCUAGCGAUGGUGACGCAGGAAACAACGGCGCGACAGGCGACGGCCUUGACGAGUUCGAUGCGCUGGAAAAGAAGUCGCGUGUGUUCAAAGGACUCGCAGUUGCGGAUACAGAAAAGCGAUGGGAGGAGAACGAUUACCUCGAAUCCGAUGCGCAAGCUGGCGCUAUGGACGACACUUUUGCUAUGUUGGAAGGACUUGCCGGAAAAGCAGGCGAUGAGAAGCCGCGCCCUUCGAGAGAUGACCGUGGGCACAAACGAAGCCGCAGCCCUGAAUACGAUGAUCGUCGCGGACGCCAACAAAAAGACAAAUACCGAUCGAGAUCCCGGUCACGGAGUGGACACCGUCGAAGCAAGAACGACGACCUUGUGGAUGAGUUCGGACGGUCUAUCGGAAGAUAUAAAGAUCGGGAUGAUGGACAUCGCAAUGGGAAGAGUGACCGCCGGAGACGACGAGACCGUGAUGACGAUGGCUUCCGCCAGCGACCUAUGGAACUGGAUGACCAAGCCCAGCUAUAUAAGAUUUACGAUGGCACUGUGACCGGAGUGAAGGAUUUCGGUGCCUUUGUGAAUUUAUCCGGAAUUAGAGGGAAAGUGGAUGGCCUUGUCCAUGUGUCAGCUAUGCAGGAAGGCGUCCGAGUGAACCACCCAUCCGAUCUGGUCUCUCGUGGACAGCCAGUUAAGGUCAAGGUAGUGAGCAUAGAAGGAAGUCGUAUUGGCCUGUCAAUGAAAGAGGCGGACCAAGUAACUGGAAUGGAUAUGGUUCCUCAAAAACGCCUGGCCUCGGGUGCCAAUAUGCAAAGCCUCGAUGACAAUGACAGAUACGGUGGUCUCACUUCCGAUAUCCCCGUCAUUGAAGAGUCAAAUGGUCGACCAAUGCGUAACCGCAAGCGCAUGACAUCACCGGAACGAUGGGAAAUUCGCCAACUCAUUGCCUCUGGCGUGGCUUCUGCGGCCGAUUACCCUGAUUUGGAGGAGGAAUACAAUGCCACUCUUACCGGAGAAGGAGCAUUCGAAGAGGAAGAAGACGUUGAUAUUGAGGUCAAAGACGAAGAGCCUCCUUUCCUGGCUGGUCAGACCAAGCAAUCCUUGGAGCUUUCUCCUAUCCGUGUAGUCAAGGCUCCCGAUGGGUCUAUGAACCGUGCAGCAAUGUCUGGCACGAAUAUCGCCAAAGAGAGACGCGAGCUGAAACAGCAAGAAUCGCAAGACAAAGCUGCUGCAAAGGCAGCUGAUGUGGAUCUUAGCGCACAAUGGCUGGACCCCAUGGCUAAUCCUGAGGAUCGACAAUUCGCCUCGGAGCUACGCAGUGGCACAAAGCAGCAAGAUGAAGCUGUGCCAGAAUGGAAGCGUGUCACCAUGGGUACAGGCAAGAAUGAGUCGUUCGGUAAACGAACCGAUAUGCCUAUCAAACAACAACGUGAGAGUUUGCCUGUGUACAAGUUCAGGAAACCACUGCUUGAUGCCGUGCGAGACAACCAGAUCCUUAUUGUCGUUGGUGAUACUGGAUCAGGAAAGACGACUCAACUGACGCAAUAUCUUGCCGAGGGUGGAUACGGAAAUAAGGGACUUAUUGGUUGCACUCAACCACGUCGUGUAGCAGCCAUGUCCGUGGCCAAACGUGUCGCCGAGGAAGUGGGCUGCCGACUUGGUUCUCAGGUUGGUUAUACCAUUCGUUUCGAGGAUAUGACUAGUCCAGAGACCGUGAUCAAGUAUCAAACCGAUGGUAUGCUUCAGCGAGAAAUCUUGAUUGAUCCUGAUCUCAAGAAAUAUUCCGUUAUUAUGUUGGACGAGGCCCACGAGCGAACGAUUGCCACAGAUAUUCUCUUCGGAUUGUUGAAAAAGACUAUCAAACGACGAUCAGACCUACGAUUAAUUGUGACAUCGGCCACCUUGGAUGCUGAGAAAUUCUCUUCGUAUUUCCAUGGCUGUCCUAUUUUCUCAAUUCCUGGCCGAACGUUCCCCGUGGAGAUUAUGUAUUCGAAGGAGCCAGAAUCCGAUUAUCUCGACGCGGCAUUGAUCACAGUCAUGCAAAUCCACUUAACCGAAGCUGCCGGUGAUAUUCUUCUCUUCCUUACGGGUCAAGAAGAAAUCGACACCGCAUGUGAAAUUCUCUACGAGAGAAUGAAAGCCCUCGGUCCAUCAGUACCAGAUCUGAUUGUUCUCCCUGUAUAUUCUGCUCUUCCCAGCGAAAUGCAAAGUCGAAUUUUCGAUCCUGCACCACCCGGAGCGCGAAAGGUUGUCAUCGCAACCAAUAUUGCCGAGACAUCAAUCACCAUCGAUAACAUCUACUACGUGAUUGACCCUGGUUUCGUGAAACAAAACGCCUACGACCCCAAGCUCGGCAUGGACUCCUUAGUAGUGACACCGGUAUCUCAAGCCCAGGCAAAACAGCGUGCAGGUCGCGCUGGCCGAACAGGUCCUGGAAAGUGUUUCCGCCUAUACACCGAGGCGGCCUAUCAAUCUGAGAUGUUGCCUACCACAAUUCCUGAGAUCCAGAGACAAAAUCUUUCUCACACCAUUCUCAUGUUGAAAGCCAUGGGAAUUAACGACUUACUGCAUUUCGAUUUCAUGGACCCCCCACCCACAAAUACUAUGCUUACUGCCUUGGAAGAAUUAUACGCCCUCUCCGCCCUAGACGACGAAGGUCUUCUCACUCGACUAGGCCGUAAAAUGGCCGAUUUCCCCAUGGAACCUGCCCUUGCCAAGGUCCUCAUUGCAUCAGUCGACAUGUGCUGUUCAGAAGAAUUACUAUCCAUCGUCGCAAUGCUGUCAAUUGCGUCCCCGUUCUACAGACCCAAAGAAAAACAGCAACAAGCCGAUCAAAAGAAAGCCAAAUUCCACGAUCCAAUGGGUGACCAUCUGACUCUAUUGAACGUCUAUAACGCAUGGAAACAAUCAAACUUUAAUAACUCCUGGUGUUUCGAGAAUUUUAUCCAAGCCCGACAAAUUCGCCGCGCAGAAGAUGUUCGCAAACAACUUCUCGGUAUCAUGCAGAGAUACAAGCACCGGAUUAUCUCGUGUGGUCGAGACACGACGAAGGUGCGACAGGCGCUUUGCACGGGAUUCUUCCGUAAUGCUGCUCGGAAAGAUCAGCAGGAAGGUGGCUUUAAGACUCUUGUUGAGGGGACACCUGUUUAUCUUCAUCCUUCGUCUGCGUUGUUCGGUAAGGGCUCUGAGCAUGUUAUUUAUCAUACUCUCGUCCUCACUACGAAGGAGUACAUGCACUGUACUACUUCUAUUGAACCGAAAUGGCUUGUUGAGGCUGCGCCUACCUUCUUCAAGGUCGCGCCUACAGACCGGCUGUCGAAGCGGAAGAAGGCAGAGCGUAUCCAACCUCUUCAUAAUCGGUUUGCGGGUGAAGAUGAUUGGCGUCUUUCUGCGCAACGGCGUGGUGGAAGAGGAGGCGGUGGUGGUACAUGGGGUUGA